AUGGAUGUCCUUCCGUCAUGGAGCGAAGGCUUCCUUCCGCUGUAUAUUCUCUUCGUCGGAGUAACGGCCUGCACCAACGCAAUAUCAUGCUACUUCUCCGACUCCUACGUCCGCCGACUGUACAACCCUCCCAACGACCACCUCCCGCCUGUACCGGGCAUUCGAAAGACCACCUCCCAAACCACCACUAUCGAAGAAGACUUCUUCUCGACACCUCAGCCUGACAGACGCCCCUCUGUCGCUUCCAUCGCCGUUCACGAGGACCGCUCGCCUGUCACUGACCUCUCCUCGCGAACCUUCGCUACCUGGAACAUGGCGGUUGGACUGCUGAGGAUGCAUGCCGCCUACCACGUUCAUGAGAGGGAUUGGUAUCAUAUGCAGAUGUUGACCAAUGUUGUUGGACUGGUCCAUUUCGGAGCGGAGGCGUUUUAUUGGCGGACAGCGAGGCCAUCAGGUCCGUGGUUGGCGCCGACUGUGGUGGCGAUGAUCGGUUUGAGCUGGAGUCUGUUGCAGUAUGGGCAUUAUGUGAAGUGA